AUGGUUCAUGAGAUUUACAGUUUUACUUUGAAUCAAUUGGAUGAUUUAGAGAGAAAUCUAUUGUUUGAUUCAUUUAAUUCAAAGAUAGCUUGGAAAUUUGGUGAAUUUGCAAGAUCUAAAUGCAUUGAAAAAUAUGAAAAUAAGUCAAUAGUAAUUGAUAUUACUCUAACAGGUGGACAUACUUUGUUUCAUACGGUAAUAGGUGAGAGUACUAAUAUAGAUAAUGAUAAUUGGAUUAAAAGAAAGUCAAAUACAGUAUUUAGAUUUGGUAAAAGUAGCUUUUAUAUUGGACAAAAAUUGAGAAUUAAAGAAAAAUCUAUUGAAGAAGCUAUGUUUGUAUCUUCAAAUGAAUUUGCAAGUCAUGGAGGAAGUAUACCUAUUAAAAUUAAAAAUUUUACAGGAGUUAUUGGAACUUUUACAAUUUCAGGUUUGGCACAAGAGCAAGAUCAUUUAUUAGCCAUUGAAAUUACGGAGGGAUUCAUUAAUAAGUUUCAAAUAUAG